CAGGAGACUUUCAACUCCAAGAGCUUAGCCCUGCAGGCCCAGAAGAAAAUUCUCAGCAAGAUGGCCACCAUGGCAGUGGCUAACCUCCUGACAGACGACACCAGUAGUGAGAUUCUGGAUGAGCUGUACAAAGCCAGUCGUGAGUUCACCAAGAGCAAGAAGGAAGCCCACAAGAUAAUCAAGGACGUCAUCAAGAUAGCACUAAAAAUUGGAAUCCUCUAUCGCAACCACCAGUUUGGCCCUGAAGAGCUGGACACGGUCGAACGGUUCAAGAAGAAAAUGAACCAGGCAGCCAUGACAGCAGUCAGCUUCUAUGAGGUGGAGUACACCUUUGACCGUGGGAUCCUGUCAGAGCUGCUGCUGGAAUGCAGAGAUCUUCUCCAUGAGCUAGUGGAGCACCACUUGACAGCUCGGUCUCACAGUCGAAUCGACCACGUUUUCAACCACUUCGCUGAUGUGGACUUCCUAACUGAGCUAUAUGGCUCGUCUGAUGAAUACAGACUCUACCUGAGGAAAAUCUGUGAUGGCAUUAACAAACUGCUGGAUGAGGGUGUGCUUUAA